AGCAGUGGGUCAAGGGGCGAACUGGUAAAACCUGAGACGACGCCGUGUUGAUCUCCAGCUUACGAGCUACAAUUGUUGGGUGGCCACCUCGUAACUCGCUCAUCUUCUUCCCCCCUCUCAUCUCAUCUCUCCGGCCAAACCCUAGUCUGUCCACAUACAGAAAUUCCCCGCCUGAACCGCCGCAAUCAUGACCAUCCGCCACCUAAUCCACCUCACUCGACGCGCCCGAAAGCCCGUCCACGCCUUCACCUCCCGCCAACCCCUCUCCACUGCCGUCGCCACCGCUCCUGAUGCGUCCCUUCCGUCUCCCCCUCCCCCAACCGCCAUGAUCUACGACAGGUUAGCUGAAUCCGUGAAACGGAAGCUGAAAAAACUAGAAGACCCUGACCCUCGGUUUCUCAAGCACAACUCUCCGCAUCCAACUGUAGAUUCUCACACUGAAAUUCUCUCGGCUCCCCUCACCCGAGUCACCACUCUCCCGAAUGGGCUCCGUAUCGCCACCGAGUCCACUCUUGCAUCACAAACGGCAACCGUUGGUGUCUUCAUUGAUGCUGGAUCGAGGUUUGAGAGCGAAGAAUCUAACGGCACUGCACAUUUUUUGGAACAUAUGAUAUUUAAGGGGACGGAGAGAAGGAAUGCGAGGGAGUUGGAGGAAGAGAUUGAGAACAUGGGGGGUCAUUUGAAUGCGUAUACUUCCAGAGAACAGACAACUUAUUACGCUAAGGUGAUUGAUAAGGACGUGCCACGUGCCCUGGAUAUUUUGUCUGAUAUUUUACAGAAUUCAAGGUUUGAUGAGCAGAGGAUCAUCCGAGAGAGGGAUGUUAUUCUCCGCGAGAUGGAGGAGGUGGAAGGACAAACAGAAGAAGUUAUAUUUGAUCACUUGCAUGCCACUGCUUUCCAGUACACGCCUCUUGGUAGAACAAUCCUUGGACCUGCUGAAAAUAUCAAAGCAAUUGGCAGAGAACAUCUACAGAAAUACAUAUCAACUCACUACACUGCUCCUAGGAUGGUAGUUGCUGCCUCUGGUGCUGUUAAACAUGACGAUAUUGUUGAGCAAGUGAAGAAAUUAUUUACAAACUUGUCAACAAAUCCAACAACCACUUCUCAGUUGGUUGCUAAAGAACCUGCAAUAUUUACAGGAUCAGAGAUUAGGAUGCUUGAUGAUGACAUUCCACUUGCCCAAUUCGCGGUAGCUUUUGAAGGCACCUCCUGGACAGAUCCAGAUUCAAUUGCUUUAAUGGUCAUGCAAUCUAUGCUGGGUUCUUGGAAUAAAAAUGCUGGUGGUGGAAAGCAUAUGGGUUCUGAGCUUGCGCAGCGAGUUGGCAUCAACGAAAUAGCAGAGAGCAUGAUGGCUUUCAAUACCAACUACAAAGACACUGGUUUAUUCGGUGUUUACGCUGUUGCUAAGCCUGAUUGCUUGGAUGAUUUGGCCUAUGCAAUUAUGUAUGAAGUAACCAAGCUAUGUUAUCGAGUAUCAGAGGCCGAUGUGAUUCGUGCUCGUAACCAGUUGAAGUCGUCUUUGCUGCUUCACAUUGAUGGAACUAGUCCUGUUGCUGAAGAUAUUGGACGGCAGCUGCUUACCUAUGGUAGAAGGAUCCCUUAUGCCGAACUCUUUGCUAGGAUAGAUUCUGUAGAUGCCAGCACUGUCAAGCGCGUGGCAAACCGAUUUAUAUUUGAUAGAGAUGUUGCAAUUACUGCAAUGGGGCCAAUCAAGGGCUUGCCAGACUACAACUGGUUCAGGCGCAGGACCUACUGGCUCCGUUACUAGGUUCCUCUUCACGACCAGUUGGCACUUUUACUUGGUUCUUUUCUCAACAUAUCAGGUGAUUUGAUGUUAUGGUAUGAUUCCAGCACCCACACAGCAUAUUGGGCCGGCUCAAUUUAUUCUUAUUUCACCCAUUUGCGUUUUGUUGUUCUUUUGUAACAUUUCUGAUUAGUGAAAAUAAUUGAGCUGUAACCAGUGCGUUGUCUGUUAUUUCCAAGACCCGGAGUUCAACUUUACUAUUUCAAGAUGAAGGCAUCCAAGGACGGAAUAAAAGAGGGACAUAACAUGUUAUUUUUUUCUCAUUAUCACCCGAUUUUUUUGUUGGUUUUGUAAUUAAUUGCCUUCGAUGAAAGAAAAGAAAGCUGUUUGGCUUAUGUUGCAGAAAAGAUUCACAUUCUCACUCAAUGAAGAAAUGUUCGCCAUAGAAUCAAGUAUACUGAAAGCUUUAUGUUUCAAGAUUUAUAGGA